GCACUGAGCGGGGAGCAGCGCUGCCGACACCUCAGCCCGGCAGGGGAGGCACAGCACAUCACGGCGGCACGGUGGGAGCUCUGUUGCUGUUUCUGUAGCCAUACAAAGGACCCAUAAGCACAAGGAGGAGUUUGGCCCCACCAACCAGAACCAAACAGCUUUGAGUUUUGAAGCAGGUCUGAGCUUGCUCUUCGUUCCCAGCUUUAAGUCUUGGAGCAACAGAGAGGAGGAAACCUCGUGGAGGUGUGAAAGGUGACCCACAGGCAGCUGAGCCAUGGCAGGCAACAAAGCCUCCAAGCAAAAGUUUUGCCACCACUGCAACAGCAGGUCGGCCUCGGCCCCACCGGGCACCUCCACGAUCCACUACGAGAAGUCGUGGCUGUACCGGCACUGCUCCCUGCAGCAGAGGGACAGACAGGCUCAGAAAUCGGGGCAGCUCUUCUCGGGGCUGCUGGCCCUGAACGUGGUGUUUCUGGGCAGCGCCUUCAUCAGCAGCAUGAUUUUCAACCACGUGGCCAUCACGCUGGCGGACGUCUGGAUCCUGCUGUCCAUCCUCAAGGUCUUGUGCCUGUGCUGGAUUAUCUACUACCUACUGGGCACCAGCCGGCAGCCGCACGCCGUGCUCUACCGGGACACCCAUGCUGGGCCAGUGUGGAUUAGGGGGUCACUGCUGCUGUUCGGCACCUUCAGCAUCCUCCUGAACGUCUUUCAGAUCGGCUACAGUGUCAUUCAAAUCAACUGCAAAUCCAAGGUGGAAAUCGUGUUCCCCAGCAUUGAAAUCCUGUUUGUUGCCACCCAGGCAUUUUUCCUAUGGCAUCACUCUAAGGACUGCAUUCAAGUUCAGCACAACCUCACCAGGUGCGGGCUGAUGCUGACCAUCGCCACCAACCUCCUGCUCUGGCUCCUGGCAGUGACCAAUGAUUCCAUCCACAUGGAGAUCGAAUCUCAGCUGCGAGAGGUGGAGCAGCGCCUGGCAGGCAAUGAGACAGACUCGUGCGCGUGCCCAAACACAACCACCUGCAAAGUCUUCCAGAAGGGCUACAUCCUGCUCUAUCCCUUCAACACUGAGUACUGCCUCAUCUGCUGCUCCGUGCUGUACGUCAUGUGGAAGAACGUGGGGCGACGCAUCAGCCACCACCACAUCACUCACAUCAAGCCCAAAUUCAAGCUGCAGGGAGUCGUCUUCGGGCCACUGCUGGGCGCUGCCGCCGUAAUCAUCGGGAUCUGCGUCUUCAUGAUGUACCAGAUCCAGGCCACGGGCUCAGCCCCUAAUUACCAGGUCUUCGUGUUGUAUUAUUCCUACUACAUUGUGCUCCUGCCCCUGAUGUGCGUGGUUGCAAUUAUUGGGACAAUCAUCCACACCUUGGAAAAAAGGGAGCUGGACACACUGAAGAACCCAACCCGCAGCCUGGAUGUGGUCCUGCUGAUGGGAGCAGCCCUCGGCCAAAUUGCCAUGUCCUACUUCUCCAUUGUUGCCAUUGUGGCCACCAACCCCAGGGACAUGCUGAACAGCCUCAUCCUGUCCUAUUCCGUCCUCCUCAUCUUUCAGUACAUCACCCAAAACAUCUUCAUUAUCGAUGGGCUCCAGCGGCAGCCAUUUGCAGCAGCAGAGGCCCAGCACACAACGCAUGCUGGGCAGCUUUCUGCAGUCCCAGAGCUGCCUGGUGAAGGGGUGACCACACCAAGCAGCAAUCAGGAGCGCUCACAGACCUUUCCCAGCAAGGAGGAAGAAGUGAGCGAAGAGCACAACCGCGAAGCCCCCGACCAGAGGCGAGUGAGCGUGCUGGAGCUCGGGCAGGAGUUCCGCAGAGUUUCCCUAUCCUACAUCCACACCUACUCUCACCUGGGUUGGAAGAGGAAAGCAUUAAAGGAGAUCUCGUUCUUCUUGGUUCUUUGCAACAUCAUACUGUGGAUCAUGCCCACAUUUGGGGCUCACCCCGUGUUUGAGAAUGGGCUGCAGAAGUCGUUUUACGGCUACUCCACCUGGUUUGCCAUCGUGAACUUCGGCCUCCCACUGAGCGUCUUCUACCGCAUGCACUCCGUCGGGGGACUCCUGGAGGUGUACGUCUCGGCCUGAGCCAGCAGAGGCUGCGGCGAAACGGGGCUGAACACAGACGCAGUAAGCAGCAGCUACGCACAUGGAAGGUUUUCAGCUUUUUCUCUCCAGCUUCUGCUUUGACUUCUCCUUGCACAACAUCUCCACGAGCUUCCGAAGAAAAGCAGGUGGUUUUGUGUUGCUGCUUUUUUUCUCUGCAGAGAACAGAAUGAAAACUCAUUAACAAGCUGCAUUACUGCUCUACAGAAGCGUGCUGGUACUCCUCAGUAUCUGCUGGUUGAUGCUGUAUGGUAACAAGUGGAACUUCACCAGUUGCUACAGAAAUCUCCCAGAUAAAAGAAUGCAAGAGCAGCAAGGGCUGACCUGCACUGCACGUAAGUUCAGAAUGCAGACAAGGACCACCACAGCCUCACCACUGCUUGCCAACCACCACCCUGCAGCACAGAAAGCCCCUAGCAGCACCAGGCACUCCAGAAGCACACCCACAACCAUUCACAAAUGAACCACAUGUACACUUUUUGCAUGUAAUGUCCAGAUGGAUCGUGAUGCUGGUAGUCGCUCUAAUGGCCAGCACAGGUUAAUUCUGCUUCCCGGUGCUGACAUCCAGCAUACCAACUUGUGCUGAUCUUGUAGGACUGAUGCAUUGGAACACCACGUUCCUGCAGCUCUCAGUACCAAAGAGCAGGACAGGCCUGCACCAUUUCAGUGCAUCUUUUCCCACAAUUGUUAAUGGAAGCAUUAACUUUACUUUGCCUUGAUGAGAAUACACGCUAUUUCCCCUUGCAGGCGCUCUCAGUCUCAAGGAGUGCCACAGAAGUGCAAUGGCUGAUCUUUACUUGAUGCUACUUGCGAUGCUCUCACCAGUGUGCACUGGCAGAGGUCCCACCCUCACAUGCAGAGCAAGUUCAAGAAAGACCCCCGCUGCACCCACUGCCAGGCCUCCUGAGAACCCUCCUCCACCCCAACACUUAUCCCCACGGCUGCUUCACACACCCACAAGCAUUUCACAAUGUCUACACAGAGGACUGCAGUUUUGUGGUGUCUGACCAACAGCUGCAUGCACUCCGCAGGAGAUGCCUGCUUGGAAAGCACAUAGGAGAGCAAUGGGGCUUAAAUACUGUGGGUCUUAAAUACAGACUCUGAUGAAUGAAAAUAAAGACAGAUUGAGAACUUG